CCCUAGCUUGCCUUCUGGCCUAGCUUUCAGGCCUAGCUUUCAGGCCCAGCUUUCAACCACACACCAUCGAUACAGCAAUUGGAGUUCAGGAACUAUGGCCGACCCCUUCGAAGUACGCAUGCGGUUUACCAGCCAGCUACAACACCUAAAUGCGUCUGUCACUUCGGCGCAGAAGGCAGCAAACUAUGCGCUGAAGAAUCGGGAAAUGGAUGAGGAUUUGCAUUCGUGUAUAUUGGAGCAACUGGAGAAGAACAACAUGAACAACCGCGCCAACAUAAUGUACUUCAUCGAACACCUCUGCGACCUAGCCCUCCGCGAACACCACCUCGACUACGUGCGCAUGAUGCAGCGCGACAUUCUCCGCGUCAUCGAUGCCGUUGCCCCCGUUGACGGGUCCGGCGCCGCAAACGUGAAGGUUGUGCGACGCGUCCUGAAAGGCCUGGAAUCGAAAAAAGUACUGCUUCCGGAUACGGUUAGGGAGUUGGAAGAGGGGUUGAAAGAGAGGGAUAUCGCGCCUAGCCAUCCUGCAAUGCUUGGGGGGGAGGAUGGGGUCGGGGUGAAUGGGAACAGGGGGAGAGUUGGGAGGAAUGGUGGGGUUGGCGGGGCAGGGGUGGGGAUGGGGACAGCUGGGAGGCUGGGCAAGAGGGAGGUGGAGCAGAGGAUUGAGGAGGAUAGGGAGAGGCAUAAGCGAUUGCGGGAGAAUAUUUGGGCCGUGAGUGGAGAGGGUGAUGUAGAGGUUGAGAAGAUGUGGGAGGAGAGUAGUGAGAUUGGGGAAGAUGAUUGGGGGUUAGGAGUUGAGGAUCGGGAGGAGAGGAGGCAGGCUGUGGCGUUUGGCGGUUGAGGAUCGGGAGGAGGAGAGGCAGGCUGUGGAGUUUGGGGGUUGGGGAUCCGGAGGAGAGGAGGCAGGAUGUGGAGUUUGGGUGUUGCAUGGAUAGGAGGUAGGUGUUAAGGUUUUUAAGGUUUCAUAGACUGCUGCAUGGACUGGCGUUUGUAGUGGGGGAGAUACCAUUGGACAUGGCAUGCGAUAAUGGUACAUGUCUUU